GCCGUCAUCGACACUAUAAACAGAUCAGACCUUGGUUCAGGCGUGCAUGGGAGCCCGAGGCGGCUCUCCUUGAUUCCCUUGAGUAUUUGUAUCCAUUAAGCUGUUCUGAAAAACAUAGUCAGGCUCCUUGUCAUCUCCGUCAUGUCAAAUCCUGUCGUCGUCAUCACAGGUGCAUCCAGAGGUAUCGGUCUUGCAGUCACUCGUUCCUUACUCAAGGAGCACAGCGCUCGCGUCGUUACCAUAUCCCGGACUCGAACACCAGAGCUCAACCAACUGAUUCAGGAACACGAGCAAUCAUUGUUGACUCUCGAGUGCGACAUCACAGAUGAACCCGCGCUCAAAAGUGCUAUAACCCGCGGCAAAGACCACUUUGGACAGAUAGACGGCCUAAUCCUCAAUGCUGCUACUCUAGACCCCAUAGCACGCAUCGACAAUGCCGACAUCACCCUCGAUGACUGGAAAAGCUAUUUCGACAUCAAUUUUUUCUCGCUUGUUACUGCUAUCAGGGCCUCUUUGCCUGGCUUGCGAGAAUCGAAGGGUAGGAUCAUUUUUGUAAGUUCAGGAGCAGCUACCGGAAACAUAUAUGGAUGGGGCGCAUAUAAUGCUAGUAAAGCUGCUAUGAACAGCCUGAGCAGAACGCUCGCAAACGAAGAACCUUCGAUCGUGUCAUUGGCACUUGCGCCUGGGAGAGUCGACACUGCGAUGCAGGCUAUACUGCGGGAUGCAGGAGUGCAGCACAUGAAGGCGACCGAUCAUAAGGAUUUCGUCGAUGCCUACAAUGAAGGAGCCCUGGUCAAUCCACACGACGUUGGAUAUGUAAUCGCUGCUCUCUCAUUACGCGCUCCUCUUGCGCUUACUGGGCAGUUUGUCAAGUGGGAUAAUGAGGAGUGUAGAGAAUUCCGGAGGAAAUGACCUGGUAAUAUAUUAGGUUGUGUCUAGUAUACUGUAUGUGCGCCGUUUAUGUACUGGCAUGAGGUACAAAAUACUCACCAAAGUAAAUGUGUAUCAACGGAUAUUCUCCACCGUCGCAUUAGCAUCUGCUCAGGGCGACUUACAAAAGUAAUGCAAUAUUCCCGCAGUUCGGUUCUGAGCCUAGGGUCGACCUUGAACUUUUCAUGAUUAAAUCAUACUUGGUUUGACAGCGGUCC